AUGUUUAAAUUCGACAAAUCUGAACUUCAACUUUGGCCACGCUGGGUCGCCGUUAGCUGGACAAGCUGUUCUAAAUUAUUUAAUCAUUGUUAUUUUAUUCCAUUGCCAUACAAGGAUCACAUUCAAGCUCAAGAACAAGCAGAUACUGUUGCAUCAAUUCGAAAGACAAUUCACGAACAAAACCUUAUCAUUCGUCUUACCGAUAAGGAUAAUAACUUUUAUAUUGGUUUAACAAAAGAACUUGAGGAAAAAAUACAAAAAUAUUUCACUGAUACAAAUGCUUUUAUUGAAUUAUCGGAAAAUCCUUUCAAUCAAAUAUUAGACAAAGUCUGUCAAUUACUUAAUAAUUUUGCUUCGAAAACACUCACUAAACAAUGGCAAUGUAAAGAAAUGAUGACUGAUGUAAAAAAAGCUGAAUUAUCACAUUUAUAUUUUAAUCCUAAAACGCAUAGGGAUGAUAUACCAGUACGACCCAUUGGAAAUACAAUUCAUGCUGUAACAAAAAAUAUUUCAGACUAUUUAGAUCAAACAAUACGACCUAUAUUUUAUGAUAAAUGUGGUACUACAAUAAUUAUUGACGGUGCUCAUUUGAUUCAAGGAGUUAAAACAUAUAAUAACAAAGAACUUUUUUAA